GCCGGGCCAGGCCAACGGAAAACUGGCCACCUACGGCACGAUGGGCGGCGAGGGCGGCGGCGGCGAUGUCCAGGCCUUCCAGCAGGAGGGCCAGGAGCCGCAAGGGGGGCUUCGUGCAACAGCAGCAGCAACAGCAGACAUACCUCCAACAACAGCAGCAGUUCGGCCAGCAGUCUCAGCAGAUAUAUGGACAGCAACAGGCGGCCGAGCCCAGCGACUACGCCACCCAGAACCCGCACAACCCGUUCUCGUCAGCCGCCCCGCCGCCCACCAACCCCUUCAGCGCCGGGUUCACGCAGGAGGCGGUGCAGCCGACGUCCCAGCAGUACAGUCAGGGCCAGUACUAAGAGCCUCCUUCCCGGUUCUGCCCUUGGCUCUGCCGGGGACGCGCCGCCGGUACUCAGGAGCCAAGGAGGUCAAGCGGCCAUCGGGUCUUCGCUGGCUCUGGCCGCUUGACCUCCGCCUGGUCUAGUACAAGGUCAACUCGCUGAGGAUAUCAAGGCCAACAGGACGUCGCCGGUCGCUGGGGCCGGAGGGAGGAAGUGCGGCAGUGAGAAAGGCCAUUCACAGAAAGGAAAUGGUUAGACCAGCGACAUUAUUGGGUCAUGAGGACAGUACAAGGUCAAUAUAAAUAGUAUUAGAUUUACCAGCCACAGUAUAUAAGUUUAACCCACUAUUAGAGUUAGGCCAUAGAGAACCAGUAUUUAACAUUUUAGUGUGUUCAAGAAAGCAUAACAGUGUAUUAUCAAGACGAAAUGAAGAGGCUUUUCUGUGGAUAAUGGAACAUACAUUUUCGGGUAGACAUUGUUAUUAUUUUCAUCUCAGGAUGUAAUGCUCUGAUGUUUAAAAGCUUCCAAGCAUGAAUAUAUCAAAGACGCAGCUAGUCAGUGGUUUUUGAAAAUGUGAGGAGAAUGUUCCUAUUUCUGGUACCGAGCGAAAUUCAUUUGUAUAUAUAUAUGUAUAUCAUUUGUCUACUUUCUCGCCCCGUGUGUAUAUUUUAGCAGUUGGCUGCCGAAUACGUAUCACACACUUCAUUCACGAGCGAUAUUUUCUUGUAUAUAUCAUUCGGUUCUUUUAAGCGAAGCACUCAAUAGGAAACCGAAAAACUAUGCAUGACGUGUGCAUAGUUUUAUGUAUUCUAUCCAUUUGAUUCCAUUUAAUCAAGAAUAUCCAAUGAUUAUUAGGUCCGUUUUAUGAUUUUAUUUACUUAUCUCCUUAUCGAUAUAUUUUGGUUUUCACAAUUGCACAAUGAAAGAGACAUCUAAGUUAUACAAUCAUCAUUACUUAUUGCACGAGAAAAGACCUAUACAAUCACCAUAGCUUAUUCUUCACACGAUAUAUUUCUUUCGCCAAAGACAUCAUGAGUCACGUGAUAAUAAUGACGAUGGUGAUAGAUAUAGAUAUAACAGUAAUAUUAUAAUAAUAACAAUAUCUGCUACUAUUUUUUCUUCUUCUCUGCAUAAUCAAAUCACAGAAAGAAAUAAUUUCAGUAUCUUUUCUUUCUCUCUUUUUCAUUAAACAAAGAGAUUUUCCGACCUUGCUACCCACGUGACCAUACAGCCUUCCAGUCUAUGCGCGUGUGAAGACUCGAUACUAAGUGCUUCAUGUAGUUUUUAAGUGGUCGUAUUUUUAAGAGGCAGCGUCGACGUUCCCGAGUGGUAUCCGCGUCGAGUGUAAGGUGUGGUCUGUGGGGUCGAGUACGUGUCGGUACGAAGACAAGUCGAGUGGGUAAAUCUGUGGGGAAAUAUUGUGUCUGAUGACGAUUGUGGGGUCGAAGUGGAAUCCAUCGGUAGAGUUUCUGCUUUUGAAGAGAAGUAGAUGUCUAAGGUAAUUCCUAAGGCUGAUUUUAUUGUUUAAAUCAUUGUAAUUUGUCUUGAGAAGAAUAAAGAUGUUGCGUAUUUACUGA